AUGGGCAUCGGCGCCGUGGCAGAGCCGUUGGUGGUUAUCACCCUCCUCUUCGGUGGUACCUGGUUCAACCGCAACACCGGCAACAACAACGCAUACGAUAACCUGGGAUGGAGAGGAUCCGACCUUGAACAUGGCGAGCACAAGCGGUCCGACGAGCGCCGCUCCGGCAACUCAACGCCCGACUCCGAAGACUCACUGCUCUCCCUAGGUGCUUGGAGCUCCUCAUCGACACUCACUCCGCAGGAGGAACCGCUUCGUCGGAUGCGUCGAAUCAAGUUCUUUGGUUACCAACGCCUCGUCUCGUCGCCCAACACGAGAGUCUUCAAAGACCGCCUCCUCAGUCGUGUGCUCCGCAAGUUCCCCUUCUUGGUUGAGGCAUGGUACUGGGCUCUGAUCUACUGGGUUUACCAAGUCGGCCGAGCCUUCACUGCUCUAACCCUCAACGAGGGCACUGUCGAUGUUGCCCGCAAGCAUGCGCUGCAGCUCAUCCACCUUGAGCAGCGUCUGCACAUCUUCAUCGAGGUGCCUGUGCAGCAGUACUUCCUCCAGAUGCCCACCGUGAUGCACUGGAUUAACCGCAUCUACUCAUUCAUCCACAUUCCCGGCACGAUUCUGUUCCUCGUCAUUCUCUACUACAUUACCACCACCCGCCGCCGCCGUGCCGUCUCCGCCAAGCUGGGUGGCUCUGAAAACGUCCGAUGGAACUCGGCCGGUCCCGCACUCUACGAGGCUCGUCGCCGAACGAUGGCCACUUGCAACUUACUCGCCUUUGUCGUUUUCACUCUUUGGCCUUGCAUGCCCCCUCGCCUGCUGAGCGAUCCUAACUACAACGGACCCGAUGCCGGCGAGUCCAAGAGCUUUGGAUUUGUCGAUACAGUGCACAGCGCCGACGGCGAGAGCAGUGUUUGGACCACCAACAAGUUCUGCAACCAAUAUGCUGCCAUGCCCUCCCUGCAUUUCGGCUACUCUCUACUUAUCGGUCUGACCGUCGCCACCCUGCCUCUCCCCUCGAUCCGUUCGCGCCCCUGGAAGCGUUUUGCCAUCGUCGCCGUCGGCAUGUCUUACCCCGCCUUGAUCCUCACCGCCAUCGUAGCGACCGCGAACCACUUCGUCCUCGACGCGGUUGCCGGAGCCAUCGUCUGCGGUAUUGCGUGGAACUGCAACGGCGUUCUCCUGAACCUGCUGGUCAUCGAGGACUACUUCCUCCGCCUGUUGCGUAUCCACAAGCCCGUCAACUGGACCGACCCCGAGGUCUCCGCCGAGCAGGAGUGGAAGCCUAGCGCGACUGUCGAUGACAUCUGA